GACCAGCAGACGCUGCGGCAGGCCCUGGAGUCCCAGUCGGCCCUGCGGCUCGCCGGCGAGGAGUGGCUCGACAGGGCCGGGCACGCGCUGUGGGCGCUGGAGGCCCGGCCCGGCGCCGUGGCGGAGCUCCGCAGGGCCGCGAGGGCGCGCGACAGGAGGGCGCUCGAGGCGGCGUUGGAGGCUGCCGCGGUCUGCGAGGCCCAGAUCGGCAGUGGGCACCUCACUGAGCAGAGGCGUAGGGAGCGGGACGGAUACAUCUUCGGGAACCUCGCGCAGGGGACCCAGACAGCCUACUCCACCGCUUGGCAGCAGUGGCUCUACUUCAUGAGGGAGGUCGAGGAGGUGCUCCUGGAAUGGAUAGCGCACCAGGCCCGCAGAGGGAGGUCGGAGGGCACUAUCCGGGGGAAGCUGCUUGCCGCGCGCCGCUUCCACGUGGAGUUCGGGCGCCCCGACCCCCUAGAACUGGCCCCGCGGGUGUGGCUGGCCCUGGGCGGCCUCCGACGGACGGGGGCCAAGCGGAACUGGAAGUACCCCGUCACGAUCGAGAUGCUGUCAUGGCUCUACAAGAAGUUCAACACCUGGAAGGUCGGGGACGCCUCUUUGUGGGCGGCCAUAGCGGUCGCCUUCUUCUUCAUGUUGAGCGCAUCGGAGUACCUGGCGGACCCCGGCAAACCCUGA